CGAAUCGAACAACAACAGCCACUGCUGACUGCCCACGGCUCCACCACGCGCGCGAGAGGCGCGAACGGGAGCCACGAACUCUGCGCCCCGUCUCCGUGCGCCCCGCGCUCCAUGGCCGCCGCCCCAGCAGCAGCCGGAGGCCUUGUGCGCCUCCGUCCUCCGCCUCCGCGAUGCGUGUCGCCUCGCGCCAGCGCCUCCCGCGCGCCGCGCAUCUGGGGGACGCCGCCCCGGCUUCGCCUUCGCCGCCGCCGGGCCCUGGCGCUCGCGGCGCCGUCGGUAGCGGCCGCGGAGGCGGAGGCGUACACGGAACCGGAGCUGGUGUUGCUCGAGGCCCUCCUCGGCGUCCAGGGCCGCGGCCGCGCCGUCGCGCCGCGUCAGCUCCAGGAAGUGGAGAGCGCCGUGCAGGCUCUCGAGGCCCAGGGAGGCGUUCCUGAUCCGACGAGUUCAAGUUUAAUCGAAGGUAGCUGGCAGCUCAUCUUCACUACGAGACCAGGGACAGCAUCACCCAUUCAGAGGACAUUUGUUGGAGUUGACUCCUUCCGUAUCUUCCAGGAAGUUUAUCUUCGAACAGAUGAUCCAAGGGUGGUCAAUGUUGUCAGGUUUUCAGAAUCAGUUGGUGAUCUCAAAGUAGAGGCAGAAGCAACUAUUAAGGAUGGAAAUCGCAUACUUUUCCGUUUUGACCGAGCAGCAUUCACCUUCAAGUUUCUGCCAUUUAAAGUCCCGUACCCAGUGCCAUUUAGACUUCUUGGAGAUGAAGCUAAGGGUUGGCUUGACACAACAUACUUAUCCCACACUGGGAACAUACGUAUUUCAAGGGGAAACAAGGGAACCACUUUUGUCCUACAGAAGAGUGCAGACCCAAGACAAAUCUUAUUGUCAACUAUAUCUGCAAAAACAGGAGUAGAAGAGGUCAUCAAUGAUUUUAUUUCAAGCCAAAAUGGAACAAAGACUGAUCUAAGCAUUCUGGUGGGUGAAUGGCAACUAUUGUGGAGCUCACAGACUGAAGGUGAAAGUUGGUCAUCUGUUGCAUCUGCCGGUCUCAAGGACUUCCAGAUUAUAAAAGAAGACGGGAAAUUAAAGAAUUCAGCUAGCCCCUUCCCAGGUCUCACCCUCAAUGCAACAGGCAACAUAUGCAAAAAAGGGAGUGGCAACACCUUUACCGUGUCCAUGAAAGAAGGAGCUGUUCAAGUUGGUGGUUUACAGUUUCCCUUGGAUGCUCAAGGAGAUUUUGUCAUGGAAAUCUUGUAUAUCGACAACAAGAUAAGGAUAUCCAAGCUUAACCAGCGCGUGCUUGUCCACUUACGCAUUGCAAAUACAACAUGACACCGAUGAAGGAUAUGUGAAAAUAUAUCUUAAUUGCAUUGCUAAGCACACCUGAAUACCUUAUAUCAGAUGUGACUAGUUCAAGCGACAUAAUUUAAAAUUUACUGAGUGUAUAGCUGACCCUAUUUAGCAAAAAAAAACUCAGGUUGUCUACUUAGUUUUCAUGCACUCAGAACCGUUUUCUCAAAAAUAUAUGGAACCACUGUUGAGCAUUUUUUAUUAAAAAGGCAGCUGAGCAUUUUUUUUUUAUGGCAA